AAGAUCUGUAAAAUGUCUUUCCACGUUCAGCUGUGGCUGCUUGUCACAUUAUCCGCCGUGGCUGCAGAUUAUUCCUUUUAUACCCCACAACUGACUGCCAAAUCUUUAACAGGAAAGAUUACAGCUACAACAUUUGUUCUUGACAAGCCACAGUGCGUCUUUACCUCAAAUAAUGCAGUAUGGUUAAUUGUAGCUAACAGUACAGUUGCAGCAGGAUUGAAAGAUACUCAGUUGUCAACUGCUCCUUUUUAUUCUUUAUCUGCAUCUUCGGCCUACUAUCGCAUUCUUGGAGACUCUGAGAGCACUUACCCCUGCAACAAUGAAGCUCAAUUCAUUCGAGUUGGUAAUGAUACAUCCUGCUCUGGUACUUCCAACUGCAAUGGACCUUUACCUUCUCCUGGUCAAUACCAAGUUAAGUUUGUUGUGGUCAAUCCUAAUAUGGACCUAGUGGAUCAAACUAGCUGGUCUCCCAUAAUCAGACUCAGCCAAGGAAAGGUAUCAUCAUCAAUUGACACAUGGCCUGGGCGGCGUAGUGGGGGUAUGAUUGUCAUAACCUCCAUCCUUUCAAUCCUGUUAGCUACCUUUGUGGUUUGUCUUAUUGGGACAUUCAUUGUGGGAAGGAAAAAUAUAAUUUGUUGCAAGAAGACUGAAAACAUAGAAUACCCUGUUCCUCAAGCACUGGAUAUGAAGGAUUAUAAAACACAUAAUAUACCUAAAAAUAUUUAG